AUGAACAAAAAAUCCCGAAAAUUCAUAAAAGUGCUUGCCAGAAAAUUAAUCAAAGGUCAAGACCAUUUGAAAAAGAAGAGUUUAAAGAAAGCAUUUGAGAAAGCUGUCAAUGGGUUGCCAGAAAGUGAACUUCAAUCAUCACUAUUAUCAAAUUUUACAGAUGCUUUUACAAUCUUAAGGAGUCAAAUAGAAAAACUGAAAGUGUUAACACAACAACUGGCAGCAGAUGAUGUCCAGACUAUAAAUAGAAACCCUGACCCUAUUGCUGCUACUGCAAGUCACCAAGAUGGUCAAAGUCAAGGGAAAACAGAAGGUGAAAUCAUCAAAAUAGAAAGAACUAAGAUUUCAGAUCAACAUUUUAACUUUCCUUAUAAUUUCUAUACCAAGAAGAAUGUUUUGAUGCCAACAGCUUCCAAAACUGCAGUUGACCAGUUCUAUCUCAAAUUACUUCAGAAUCAAAGUGGUAUGGCUUCAGUUAUAGAAUAUGUCAAGGAGUAUCAGAGACGGACAAGUGAAAAGAGCAUAUUAUCAACUUUAAAUAGACUUUUAGUUAUAUCUACUGGAAUUAAAGAUAGAUCUUUUAUCAAGAAAUUACUUUAUGUAUAUUUAACAAAAAUGCAACCCUUAGUUGAGAAAUAUUUAAAAGAAGAUAGUGUUCAAAAGGCAUCUAAUUUGCAAGAAAAUCUACACAAGUUUUUAUAUGUUUCACAUGUUAGAUAUUUUUCAUCUCGGUCAUCAGAUGUUAUUGAAGAGAAACCAUAUUAUAAUGAUCUUAUAGCAUCCUUAUUAUCAUUAUAUUUAGAUUUAUCUGUUUAUUUAUUUAGAAAUGAAGAAAGAAAGGAGAAGUUAGCCAAGUUAUUAUAUAACUUUACUAGUUAUAUACUAGUCAAAACACCACAGUUUAAAUAUGAUGUUUUAUUACAAAUAACACAAGUUAAUGCAGAUAGAAUUCAACUGAUUCUACCACUUAUUAAAUUUUGUUUGACUGGUGAUAUAGAUAAGACUGAUAUUAAAGCCUAUGUUAAAUAUAUAAUAACUGUUGCUAUGGUAAACAAUCUGAAUUUACCAGAUACCAUUAAUAUUGAUGAUGAUAUCAAGAAAGCAAGAUCAGUAGUAGCUCCAAGUGGUACAAUAGAUUGGUUGAGAGAGGGAGUGAAUGAAGAAGUACUGAAUUUAGAUGAAUUAAACAAUGAUAAUUUAUCCUUCUAUCUAUUAGAUAACUUGACAGAGUCUGUACAAUCCAUUUUAAUUGAUGUAAGUAUUCUUUCCAAACCUUAUUUCAUGCAAUCUGUUAAAGGAAUACUACCUAUUAGAAUAACAGAAGUCUAA